AUGAUGUCAUACCCGAAUUCGCCGCGACGGCCUGCACCUGUUUCGCAGGCAAUGAGCAUUUCGGCGGGACCAUAUCCAAUGAUGGGCGGCCCAUUUUUGCAGUCAGCUGUCACGAAUUCGGCACCCGCCGUACCAGUGAUGACAUCGUUUCGCGACCUCGCUUCAGGCAGUCCGAUGAAUAGUUCGAUAUAUUCUCUUGGAGGGAGAAGCGAAGUCGCUGAUAUUCCGGAAGAAGAUGAGGUCAAUAAUGCGGACGAUAACAAAUCGAUCACGCCAUUAGAUAAUAGACCGAUGAGCAAAUUCAUUCGUUUUGAUAGUUUAACAAAUGGUAAUGAUACACAUAAAGAGUAUCUAGAAAGAAAACGAUCAAGCGGGGGUUCUCGUCAAAUGUUUCCAAUGUUCAUUGGUCUCAGUGACACUGGUGAAGCCAUCGAGAAGCCAUUAAAUGAUGGAUGGAAAGGAAGUAAUCGUCUAAACUUAUCCAAGCGAAUGUCAAUGACGAGUUUGACGAGUUUGACAAGUAUAGACAUCACCCCAGGACAAGAUGGUAUCUACAAUCUGAAUCCAACCUCAUCUUCCUCAUAUUUCUUCUUAGGUCAACCUCCAAUAGGCGACAUGAGUGCUUGCAGCAAGUUAGCUUCCGAUCUAAUGCAAAUGUAUGUGAAUAAUGAGGAUACCGAUUGUAUAAUAAGAACGGAAGGAGGUGAUAUACAUGCACACAAAUGCAUUUUGUCCGCAACAUGUCCGUUUUUCCGUCAGCAACUACAAAAAUCAAAACGUGUUGAAAUGAGGGGUUUUUCAAAAAAUUCUAUCAACUUUCUACUAAUGUAUCUUUAUGGCGGUGUGACCUCAAUUCCAGAUGACGUAGACGUCUGGGAAGUAGUUGCUUUGGCAACUCAUUUGAAUCAUAAAGAUCUCGCCCAAGUAGUCAUUCUUCAUUUAAAAGCCACAAAAUGCCAUUGGUUUCAUAGGCCUUGCGCUUCUUGCGUUUCUGCAGUAUUCGAUUGCUUACCUCAGCUUGCUUCUAUUCGAUGCCUUCGUCAGUUGUAUGAUGAAGCGAUGCAAUGGCAGGCGAAACAUUUCGCAAGAGUUUGGAAAGGUCGUGUGUUUUUGUACCUGAAUGAACGCUGGCAAAAGGAAUGCUAUGAAGCCGUGAUUCAGCACAUGGACGACGAGACAGUCAUUGAUGUUAUAUUGAGUUGCGAAAGACUUCAGGUGGCAAUGUCUCGUUCCAAAUCGGAUUCUGCAAUUGCAGUUUUACAAAUGGUCGAUGAUAUAUUAGAUGUUGCAAUGCAAUUCCUCGUGCACUCAUUUCAUUUAGUUGUUACCAGCAAAUCAUUCCAGCAGCAAGGAAAAGGACUUGCGUUAAAUUUGGGAAUUCUUGAGGAUCUCAUGGUCUCUGUCAUACAUUCGCUAACUGCCGAUGUUGCAAUCAAGACAUAUAAGGAGCUGACAAGUCUCUUGGAAGAAAUAAUGCAGACACCGCCAUCGCCGAAGCGAACACUGAACAUUCCAGUUGACGAAUGGAGUCCGAGGUUCUCAUCACUUGUACGUCGAAUGGUUGAUCUCACUGAUCGUCAUCUCCUUCAUUAUGCUGCUAGUGUUGUACGAGCCGAUGCUUUCAACUUGCUGUCUGAUGAACAGAAACGACGAAUCGAAGAAACUGGAAUAUUUGUCGAAAUGCGGAAACCAAAAGCUCCACCGCCAAGACUUUCAAGUAACUCAAGAUCUUAUAAGCGAAGUGCUUCUGUCGGCGUGCAGAAUAAUGGGCAAUAUGCUCAGCCCAGAGCUAGAAGUGCUGAGAGAACGAAACCAGCAGUAGAGCUCGAGCAAAAACAGCCAGCGGUUAACGAAAAAUCACCAGAGUCUCGAGUGGGUGCCAAAACAGCUACAGAAAACGUGGAAAACCAGGAGAAUAUUGUUGAAAAAUCCGAAGUAAAGAUGGUGAAAGAAAAUUCCGAUUUGGAAAAGAAGCGAAAGAUUCCAUCGCCUCAAAGAAGGAGUCGAUCAAGAACAUCUGAAAAGAGUCAGGACAAAGCCAAUGAGGAAAAGAAAAUGGUAACUCCCGAGCUUCCAAAAUCUGAGCAACAGAAGCAACCCGCGGUGGAAGCAAUUCGAGCAAAAGAAGGUGUCCGUCGGUCACCUAUCAAGAAGAAAAGUACAAAUAGUGAAGUAUGCGAGCGAUUUGUAAAAGAAAAGGCGAGAGAGAACAAGUUACAGAUCGAGAUGGAACGGCAAACAACUCGCACGAUUAUAACAGUCGACAAAGCAAGAGCGGCACAAUUGCCGGGACCGGACUCAUCUCCAGUAAAGAGCGUUGAGAAACCAAAGUCCGUCGUGAAGCCGAUGGUGAAAGACAGCCCGUUAGCAUCGAGCGCAAAUCGAACCGUAAUUCGAGAUCGAGUGUCUGCGAGAAAACCGGGCGAUCCUCCUAGACAGCCUGCGGCGGCAGCUUCUGUUAAAUCUGCCAUUCCAAAACCAUCAGCGUCAAGGCCAAACUCGGGCGGAUCAAAGCCCAUAUCAAAGCCAGCUCCGAGUUUACCAUCAAGAAAACCAAAAGUCCCCACUAGAAAGGAUACAAACUCCAUAGAAAAAUAG